AGGUUACAGCGGGUGCGUGAACAUCAAAAUGAUGUAAACUUGAAAUUAAAUUGUCAUCGGUAGUUCAGUUGUGAGCACAACGUGAAACCGCGAUUGCGUUACUUGCCGCAAAUUGUGACUUGUCACAUCAGAAAGUUCUAGUACUUGUGGAGUAAAGAGCGUGAAAUUUAAAUGGCGGGCGCCUCGUUUUUCCUUCGAAAUGUGAACGUCAUCGUGCGCGGAUCCACUCGUGGUACCCGGUCUUUCCUGCUAUUUGAAAACCGAAAUAGACAUUUUUAUCGAUGUGCAAGCACACAAACACGACAUCGCAUCAGUUCGACCUUCGCCGGCCGCACUUUCAUUAUCGUUAGUAAUCUCGCGUGCACCGGUGUCUUAUACGCGCAAAUGCACGGCGAGAGCGGCGACAGGAUGCCAGACGAUAGAGCCGAGCGUGAUACCGAUUAUGAUUUGGUGGUGCUUGGAGGUGGAUCUGGAGGAUUGGCGGCCGCUAAAGAGGCGGCUAGCCUUGGUGCUAAGGUUGCCGUGCUGGAUUACGUCACACCUACUCCUAUUGGAACAAAGUGGGGACUUGGCGGCACUUGUGUGAAUGUAGGCUGUAUUCCUAAAAAAUUGAUGCACCAGGCAGCACUUUUGGGCGAAGCUGUACAUGAUGCCAAAAGUUACGGCUGGGAGUUUCCUGAUGCCGACAAUAUUAAACACAAUUGGGAAACGCUGAGGGAGAAUGUCCAGAACCAUAUUAAAUCGGUCAACUGGGUCACCAGGGUGGAACUACGUGAUAAGAAAGUGGAAUACAUUAAUGGCUUAGGAGCUUUUAAAGAUGCCAACUCGGUGAUGACGAUGACGAAGCAGGGUGAGCGAACGCUAACUUCCAAGUACUUCCUUAUCGCUGUUGGGGGUCGUCCGCGUUAUAAUGAAAUUCCCGGGGCUGUGGAAUACGGCAUCACCAGUGACGAUCUCUUCAGUUACACCAAACCGCCUGGCAAAACUCUUGUUAUCGGUGCGGGAUAUAUUGGUUUGGAAUGUGCUGGGUUCUUGAGAGGACUCGGCUAUGAGGCUACUGUGAUGGUACGUUCGGUGGUACUUCGUGAGUUUGACCAACAAAUGGGUGGCCUUAUCCGAGCUGCUUUAGCUGAGCGUGGAGUCAGAUUUUUGGAUAAGUGUGUUCCAGUAAAGGUCGAUAAACAAGCUGACGAAAAACUAAGUGUCACUUACAAAAACGCGGAUGGGGAAGAGUUUACCGACACUUAUGACACUGUCUUGUUUGCUAUUGGGCGGCGUGCACUUACCGCCCAGCUGAAUCUUGACAAGGCUGGUGUUACACUUGCAAGUGAUGGUGAAAAAAUUGAUGCUGUUAACGAACAGACCAACGUACCGCAUAUUUUUGCUGUUGGUGAUGUGCUUUAUAAAAAACCUGAACUUACUCCAGUUGCAAUUCAUGCCGGCCGUCUACUUGCCCGUCGUCUCUUCGGUGGUAGCAAUGUCACGAUGGACUACGAUAAUGUUGCCACGACUGUCUUUACCCCUAUGGAGUACGCAUGCGUGGGGCUGAGCGAAGAGGCAGCAACCGCGCGCCAUGGGGCUGAUAACAUCGAAAUCUACCAUGCCUUCUACAAGCCAACGGAGUUCUUCAUCCCGCAAAAGAGCAUUCUUCAGUGUUACCUUAAGGUUAUCGCUCUUCGCGAGGGGGAUCAAAAGGUCAUCGGAAUGCAUUUCAUUGGCCCACAGGCCGGUGAAGUAAUUCAAGGCUUUGCAGCGGCAGUGAAGAGUAAUCUGACAAUGAACACCCUUAUGAGUACAGUGGGAAUCCAUCCAACUGUUGCUGAAGAGUUUACCAGGAUUAACAUUACGAAGCGUUCCGGCAAGGACCCCAACCCUGCGUCGUGCUGCAGCUAAAGUGUUACUUAUCCGUACUUGUUAUUAACUUUAUAAAAGAAAACGAAAUCUAAAGCCGCGCUGAUGAAAGAAAAAAACACGUUGUUUUACGUUCAAGUUUAUCUAUGUAUACCACUCAACACACGACUUUAGAAACAUGUAUUACCAAUUGUUGCCCACCCACACUAUAACACUUAUAGAUAAUGCGAAUGAUGUGCUAGAAUUUAUUUUAUUAUAAAAUUGUAUCCCGAAAUCUAUGAUUGUAUCUUUUUAAUACCAAUCAAAAUAAACUGUGAAAUUUU